GGCACCAACACCAGAGCGCUACUUGUUCUCACGUGAAACUGGGAAUUUGCAUGGGUCCAAUGCUUAGAGUUCCUCCUUAUUUGAACUCCUCUGUAUCACCUAUUUGAAACCUGGCCAUCUUUCCCUCCCACCCCAUUUGUCUUGAACAUGGCUCCUCCACUCCAUCAGUCUCCCUCCCUUGUCAUGGCCUCGUUAACUUUCCUCGCCCUCCUCAACGCUUGCUUCUGUUCCAAUCCGAAACACCCCAAGCUUUCCACCUCAACAUCAAACUGGCUUCCUGCAGGAGCUACGUGGUAUGGGAGCGCUAAUGGUGCUGGAAGCGAUGGAGGUGCUUGUGGCUAUGGAGGCGCGUUGGAGAAGCCUCCUUUCUCAUCCAUGAUAUCCGCGGGAGGCCCCUCGCUGUUCAAAUCGGGCAAGGGAUGUGGCGCUUGUUAUCAGGUGAAAUGCACCGAGAACGCAGCGUGUUCCGGCGAUCCAGUUACGGUGGUGAUCACGGACGAGUGCCCCGGCGGUCCAUGUCUCGAGAAGUCUGCCCAUUUCGACAUGAGCGGCACUGCGUUCGGGGCCAUGGCGUCCUCUGGUCGAGCUGACGAGCUUCGCAAUGCUGGUGUGAUGACAGUGCAGUACGCAAGAGUCCAGUGCAGCUACCCAGGCUUCGACUUGGCCUUCCGUGUCGAUGCUGGCUCAAACCCUUACUACUUCGCCGUCGUCAUAGAGUACGAGGAAGGUGAUGGAGAUCUCGCUGCUGUGGAACUCAUGCAGGCAUCAUCAUCAGCGGAUUCAUCGCAAUGGCUUUCCAUGCAGCAGUCAUGGGGUGCAGUGUGGAAAUUGAACUCAGCUUGGCAACUGCAGGCCCCCUUUUCCAUCCGAUUGACGACGCUUUUAUCCAACCGGACGAUUGUGGCAGACGAUGUGAUCCCAUCAACUUGGCUGCCAGGGGAAACAUAUCGAUCUACCACACACUGACACCAGUAUCUAUCUUCAUUAGGAGUACGAUAUGUAACUGCUGGUAACUAAUCAUGGCUUAAUUCAUGACAAUAAAGACAGAUUUUAGCCAAUCCUUCCAUUGUUCUGCUCAACUCCAUUUCUUCC